GAAGUGAGGCUUGGAGACUCUUUUCCGGACAAGGGCGUCUUCCUCGUGGGCUUCCGAGCGGAGACUCAGCCAUGCCGAACUCGAGGCCCAGGUCCCGCCGGGGAGCAGGGGGUGGCGCAGGUGCGGCCGGCCGGGACCGGCUGGUGGCGCGAUCCUUGCAGAGCGCUGAGCACUGUCUGGCCGCCCAGGACUUCGGCACUGCAUAUGCCCACUACCUCCUAGUGCUCAGCCUGGCGCCAGAGCUCAAAGACGACGUGAAGGAAACUUUUCAGUAUACACUUUUCAAGUGGGCUGAAGAGCUUGAUGCACUCAGCCGAGUACAAGACCUACUUGGCUGCUAUGAGCAGGCCUUGGAGCUGUUUCCCGACGAUGAAGUGAUUUGCAACAGCAUGGGAGAGCAUCUCUUCAGCUCAGUACGAGUCAAUGCCUUGGACGCCUCCACUCCACCUAGGGGUGCCCUAGGACAUCUGAGAUGCACAGGUAGAAACUCAGAAAAGAAGUCAGGAGAGUGCCGUGCUCAUGACUUGCAGAGGAGAAUGGGCUUUCGAGAUGAGGCAGCUGGGUAUUUUCAUAAAGCGGUGAAGCUAAACCCUGAUUUCAGUGACGCCAAGGAGAACUUUUAUCGUGUUGCAAACUGGUUGGUGGAACGUUGGCACUUCGUCAUGCUUAACGACACCAGGAGGAAUAGGAUUUACAAUGCAGCGAUCCAGAAGGCGGUGGGCUCGGGGUCCACAAGUGUUUUGGAUAUUGGCGCAGGAACUGGAAUACUGAGCAUGUUUGCUAAAAAAGCUGGUGCACACUCGGUAUAUGCCUGUGAGUUAUCCAAGACCAUGUAUGAACUUGCGUGUGAUGUAGUGGCUGCGAACAAGAUGGAGGCUGGGAUAAAGCUCCUACACAUGAAGUCCCUCGAUAUAGAAAUUCCAAACCAUAUUCCUGAAAGAGUGUCCCUAGUUGUAACAGAAACUGUCGAUGCAGGUGUAUUUGGAGAAGGAAUUGUGGAGAGUUUAAUUCAUGCGUGGGAGAAUUUACUUCUUCAGCCAAAGACCAAAGGAGAAAAUGGAAAUUGUGGAAAGUAUGGGAAAGUUAUACCAGCAAGUGCUGUUAUAUUUGGGAUGGCAGUAGAGUGUGCAGAGAUACGAAGACAUCACAGGGUGGGUGCUAAGGACAUUGCUGGUAUCCAUUUGCCAACAAAUGUGAAAUUUCAGAGCCCAGCCCAUUCUUCAGUAGAUACUGAAGAAGCAGUUGAACCAUACACCACUGAGAAGAUGAGUCGGAUUCCUGGAGGAUAUCUGCCUUUGACAGACUGCUUCCAGAUUAUAAAAGUUGAUUUCAACAGUCUUCAGGAGUUGAAAAGUCUUGCAACUAGAAAGCCGCAGCCUCUUGCUGUCCCCGCUGUUAAGGAAGGUGUGCUGGAUGCCAUCGUGGUUUGGUUUGUUCUCCAGCUUGAUGAUGAGCACAGUCUGUGCACAGGCCCCGCUGAGGAGACGUGCUGGGAGCAGGCUGUUUACCCAGUGCAGGCCCUUGCAGACUACUGGAUAAAGCCCGGGGACAGUGUGACAAUGGAAGCAUCUUGUCAAGAUUGUUACCUAAGAAUCCAGAGUAUCAGCAUCUUGCGCCUGGAGCAUGAAAUGGAAGUUAAGAAGAGUUUUACCAAGAGUAAAGACCUGUUCUCUCUAGGAAAUGAGGCGGAGCUCUGCAGCGCCCUGGCUAACCUUCAGACCAGUAGAGCAGACGCUCUGGAGCAGGCCUGUGUGUUAGAGCCCACCGAGAUUGCUCUGCUUAACAACAUCCCGUAUCACGAGGGCUUCAAGACGGCGAUGAGGAAGGUGUUGUCCUCGCUGGCUCCAGAGCAGCUGUGCCAGCCCGUGGAUGCUCACUGUCAGGAUGUUGAGAUGAACUCUGAGAGUGGACAGAGUGACAGUGUACCGAGCACCACUGACCCUUUCUACGUGUUGGACGUGUCUGAAGGCUUCUCUCUUUUGCCCAUCCUUGCUGGAACACUCGGUCAGGUUAAGCCCUACAGUUCUGUGGAGAAAGACCAGCAUUGUCUUGCUUUGGACCUCAUAUCUGAAGCCAAUCACUUCCCUAAAGACACACUUGAGUUUUGGCUGAGACAUAUAGAGGAUGAAGCUGCAGUGUUGCAAAGGCCCAAGUCAGACAAAUUGUGGAGCAUAAUUAUAUUAGACGUCAUUGAGCCGUCUGGGCUCAUUCAGCAGGAAAUAAUGGAAAAGGCGGCAAUAUCCAGGUGUUUACUGCAGUCUGGAGGCAAGAUCUUCCCCCAGUAUGUGCUGAUGUUUGGGAUGCUGCUGGACUCCCAGACACUGGUAGAAGAGAGUGCUGUCCAAGGAACAGAACACACUCUUGGGUUAAACAUAGCACCUUUUAUUAACCAGUUUCAGGUGCCUAUUCGUGUGUGUUUGGAUUUAUCUUCAUUGCCGUGUACCCCUUUAAGCCAGCCAGUGGAGCUCCUUAGAUUAGACCUGAUGACUCCAUAUUUGAACACUUCCAGGAGAGAAGUAAAGGUCCGUGUUUGUAGGUCUGGACGAGUAACUGCUGUUCCAUUUUGGUUUCAUUUGUGCCUUGAUGAUGAGGUCAGGCUGGACACCUCGGGCGAAGCCUCCCACUGGAAGCAGGCUGCGGUGGUUCUGGACAAUCCCAUCCAAGUGCAAGCGGGGGAGGAACUUGUGCUCAGUGUUGAGCAUCACAAAAGCAACGUCAGUAUCACAGUGAAGCAGUCAUGA